CACGGAAAACCCGCUGCACCCUGUGGCCUUAGCACCGGGACCCGCCAAAAAAAACAACCUUUGCUGAGCGACCACCUCGAUUAUCACCACCACAAGUCACGCCCCUUCUAUUCCUUCGACCUCAACCACCAUUCUUUCUUUUGCUUGGAAUCUCCUCUCAUAUCGACGGCUGUCUUGCACUCUCAUCUCAAUGAGUUCCCCAUAAGCCCUGUCUCGUUGACUCAACCUCCUCAAUCCGAGCAGCCGCAGCCAUCAUAAUCAUGGCUAGCAAGCUCCCCAACAUGCGACUCACCUCGAUUGCGUCACACAGGACCUUCUCCUCCCUGGCGACGCGAUCAUCCCCCGCCAACACCAUACUCAAGUCUCGACCUUCGAAUCCCCUUCACAGCUCGAGAUCUCAAGCUUUCCUUCCUAGACCUUUUCUUCAACAGGCUUUCCGUCGUUCCUAUGCAGAUGCACCCAAGGUUGAGCUUUCUCCAAAGCCCAAGAAACGCUUCAGGUUCUUCCGCAAUCUAUGGCGCGUCACCUAUCUCUCGGUCCUGUUCAGUGUGGGAUACACCGGUUAUCUGAUCUGGGACUUGCGCAACCCUGCUGAACAAGUCGAUCCUGAUCCGACCAAGAAAACAUUGGUUGUCCUUGGCACCGGUUGGGGCUCAGUCUCUCUAUUGAAGAACCUCGAUACCGAGAACUACAAUGUCGUCGUCGUUUCGCCGCGGAACUUCUUCCUCUUCACCCCUCUCCUCCCUUCCUGCACCACCGGUACCAUCGAACAUCGCUCCAUCAUGGAACCCAUCCGCAACAUCCUCCGGCACAAAAAGGCAUCUGUGAAAUUCUACGAAGCUGAAUGCACAAAGAUCGACUACGAGAAGAGAGUCGUCUACGCAAAAGACGACUCGGACGUCAAGGGUGAUACCAUGUCGACCGAAAUUCCUUUUGAUAUGCUCGUCGUUGGCGUAGGAGCUGAGAAUGCUACUUUUGGUAUUCCGGGUGUCCGUGAACAUGCCUGCUUCUUGAAGGAGGUCGGUGAUGCUCAAAAGAUUCGCAAACAGAUUAUGGAUUGUGUCGAAACUGCCACCUUCAAAGAUCAAUCUCCCGAAGAAGUCAAACGCUUGUUGCACAUGGUUGUUGUCGGUGGUGGUCCCACUGGUGUCGAAUUCGCCGGUGAGCUCCAGGACUUUUUCCAGGAAGAUCUUCUCAAAUGGGUGCCUCAAAUCAAAGAUGACUUCCAUGUCACUCUCGUCGAAGCCCUUCCCAAUGUCCUGCCCAUGUUUUCCAAGCAAUUGAUCGAAUACACCGAGUCCAGCUUCAAGGAGGAACACAUUGAUAUCCGCACAAAGACCAUGGUCAAGAACGUGACCGACAAGUACAUCGAAGCCGAGGUCAACAAGCCAGACGGAACCAAAGAGAUUGAAAAGAUCCCCUACGGUCUCCUCGUUUGGGCCACCGGAAACGCACUCCGCAGCGUGGUCAAGGACUUGAUGUCCCAGAUUCCCGCCCAGGCAAAAGCUCGUCGUGGUCUUGAAGUCAACGAAUACCUCGUCGUCAACGGCGCCGAAAACAUCUGGGCCGUGGGCGACUGCGCCGUUGCCAACUAUGCACCCACCGCUCAAGUCGCGGCCCAAGAAGGUGCAUUCCUCGCCCGUCUGUUCAACACCAUGGCCAAGACCGAUGCAAUUGAAGCCGAGCUGCAAGAGCUUUCUGCCAAACAAGCGACCGCAAACCCCGACGACCGCAAAGUCAUUCUCGCAGAAAUCUCCGAGCGCCAGAAACAACUCCGCCGCGUCAAGCAGAUCGGCCCAUUCUCCUACUCCCACCAAGGUUCCCUCGCCUACAUCGGGGCCGAAAAGGCCGUCGCCGAUGUCAGCUGGUUCAGUGGCAACAUCGCCUCUGGCGGUACCAUGACCUAUCUCUUCUGGAAGAGCGCCUAUCUCAGCAUGUGUUUUAGCACGAGAAAUCGUGUCCUCGUUCUCUUCGAUUGGGUCAAAGCCAAAUUCUUCGGCCGCGACGUGUCGCGAGAGUAAAAUCAACCAAGUACCUACCUAGUAUCACCAAAACCCUCCCGGGAAAUUUCCGCCUGCCAUUUCGUAUGUCUGACGGAUUUUGGGCUGGGCUAGGAGAGCCCCCAGUAUGAUGCUUGCUGCUAUCUUCUCUAUCUGUAGUGGUGAAUAUGGCUUGUGACUUGUGACUUGUACUCCGGGUGGCCCGUUGUCCCUAGCUGGAUACAUGACCUAUGUUGCGAAGGGGUUAGUUGGUUGGCUGGGUUGGUUAGGCGGUUGGUUGGUUGGUUCCAGCCAGACUGACAAUGAUGAGAAAUGGCGUGGACCUUGGUUCUGUACUCUGUUUUUGAGGCUAUAGGCUAUAAGCUACUAUAAGGAAUGCGCCUCAUCAAAACUUUCAUCAAGAACCAAGAGUAUUUUGUAUUUUGAAAUGGAUAUAACAUUAUUUCGGUA